AAAAGCCGGAGAGGAGGAGGAGUCUGCGCCUAAUGCAGCAUCUUACUGUAUCCAGGCUACAGCAGCAACAGCUAGAGAAGAGGUACCACAGAGCAAGGUGCGACACAGACUGAUAUAAGGACAGCUACCAAGUAGCCGCACCGUCUCACUGCCGACUCCAUCCAUCUGCUGCAACAGUGAUGAGGGAACAGACGUGUAGAGUGUAAGCUCACCGGCAGCACAUCAGGUGGCAAGCUUCCACUGCAGAGUCCGGCGCGAUCAGCAAAAGAUCUGCAGCAUUGGCACCGACACUGGGAUAGAGUAGCGCUUCCCUCAGCCAAUGUGUAUCUCCCCGGGGAGUCUGAUGAACACAUCUGCACUGCAAUAUCUGCCCUCACUCCUCUGCACUCACUCCUGCAUUUAUUAGCGUCAGUCUGCUGCACUUAACCAUCUUCCCUGCACACUCACCCCAACUACUGCGCUCCCAUCACCCACUGCCCCCGAUUCUCCUGCAGUCGCACCCACUGCACCUCCACUCAGCGCCUCAGGGGAUCCAUCAGCUGUAAGGGAGUGCCAGGCUAUUGCUGGUCUAGCAGGUGCGACAGUCGCUGCCUCCAACCUCUUCUUCUCUUACCACCUCCUUUUUUUGUGAUUGGUAUCGGCCAUGGAGGGCUCAGGGCAACUCCCUCACCAGCUGUGCUAAGGCUUUGGCAUAGGGAUCAUGGAUACUUGUAUAUUGCUUUUUACUCUUCUCAAAAGUAACGUCGCAGCUGCUGUCAAUGGAGGAGGACAUUGAUACCCGCAAAAUCAACAGCAGUUUCCUGCGCGAUCACAGCUAUGCAACUGAAGCUGACAUUAUCUCGACAGUAGAGUUCAACAACACCGGAGAAUUGCUUGCGACUGGGGACAAGGGGGGGCGCGUGGUAAUAUUUCAGCGUGAGCAGGAGAACAAGAAUCAACCUCAUCGGAGAGGAGAGUACAAUGUUUACAGCACUUUCCAGAGCCACGAGCCAGAGUUCGAUUACCUGAAAAGCUUAGAAAUAGAAGAAAAAAUAAACAAGAUUAGAUGGCUUCCUCAGCAGAAUGCUGCUUACUUCCUGCUGUCUACCAAUGAUAAAACGGUGAAACUAUGGAAAGUUAGCGAGAGAGACAAAAGACCGGAGGGCUAUAACCUAAAAGAUGAAGAAGGAAGGAUACGUGACCCGUGCACAAUUACUUCACUCAGAGUACCUGUUUUGAGGCCAAUGGAUUUGAUGGUUGAGGCUACGCCUAGAAGAGUAUUUUCCAACGCCCACACAUAUCACAUAAACUCGAUAUCCGUGAACAGCGACUAUGAAACCUACAUGUCAGCCGAUGACCUGAGGAUAAACUUGUGGAACCUUGAAAUAACAAAUCGAAGUUUUAACAUUGUGGACAUUAAACCAACCAAUAUGGAAGAACUUACAGAAGUGAUUACGGCAGCGGAGUUUCAUCCACAUAAUUGCAACACAUUUGUCUACAGCAGCAGUAAAGGGACAAUACGGCUGUGCGACAUGCGCUCCUCUGCUCUGUGUGACAAGCAUUCCAAAUUGUUUGAAGAGCCUGAGGAUCCCAGCAACAGAUCAUUUUUUUCUGAGAUAAUUUCUUCCAUAUCGGAUGUGAAGUUUAACCACAGUGGGCGGUAUAUUAUGACCAGAGACUAUCUGACUGUAAAGGUCUGGGACCUGAAUAUGGAGAACAGGCCCAUAGAGACUUAUCAGGUUCAUGAUUACCUCCGCAGUAAACUAUGCUCGCUCUAUGAAAAUGACUGCAUUUUUGACAAAUUUGAAUGUGUAUGGAAUGGCUCAGACAGCGUCAUCAUGACUGGCUCCUACAACAACUUCUUCAGAAUGUUUGAUCGCAACACCAAACGGGACGUCACAUUGGAGGCCUCCAGAGAAAACAGCAAGCCGAGGGCGAUUCUCAAACCUCGCAAAGUCUGCGUAGGAGGGAAAAGAAGAAAAGAUGAAAUUAGUGUGGACAGUCUGGACUUUAGCAAAAAAAUUCUACAUACGGCUUGGCACCCUUCAGAAAAUAUCAUUGCAGUGGCAGCCACAAAUAACCUGUAUAUAUUUCAGGACAAGGUUAACUAGACAGCUGUAACUGAAAUACUAGGAACAACACAUUUUAAGGCUUUUUUAACAUUGUUCUUCCCUUCUCCCCAUUUCUAAUACUUUAUUUAUUUUUGUUUGGUUCAACAAAUUCUUCCUCGGUUUAAGAAUAGAUAAACUUGCUUCUUAAAUUCCCAGUAAUCUCUAUUCCGACUGAUGAUAUACAGACUAUUUUUUUUGUUGAUUUCAUCUUUUGGCUAAUUUUUUCAUUUCCUUUUUGGAGGCCUUUUCGCUGCAUCAGAGUUUUGAAACAUAAUUUAAAGAUUUGCUCUCUCGGCCUCAUAUGCAGUUGGAAGGUGUUAGGAAGAAACUUUGGAGAAACCAAAAGUGGUGUCAAUAAUAUUUCUUUUUAAUUGUUAACUGAAUUUUUAAUAAAAAUAUGGACAUUUAAAA